AGUGCAAUCCAGAACUCAGAUGUAUACUGAAAUCAUUUUACUCAUCGCCAGUUUGGCUCUUGCCUUCUAUCUUUGGCAGAAAAGAGUUCACAGCUAUUGGAGUCGCCAUGGCAUUAAGUCUAUAAAGCCUACACUAAUCUUUGGAAACUUUCGCAGUUUUCUGACGGGAAAAGUGCCAUAUUUCGAGCAAAUUAGUAUGCUGUAUAAUACACCUGGAUUCGAGGAGGAACCUUUGAUUGGUGUUUAUUUGCUAAAAGGACCGGGCAUAAUAAUUCGUGAUCUUGAUCUAAUUAAGACCGUAAUGAUCAAGAAAUUCAACUUUUUUGUGAACCGAGUUAUAAGAACUGAUCCAAUUCACGAUGCUCUUGGCUAUAAUAACUUAUUCUUUGUGCGUAAUUCGGACUGGAAGAAUGUCAGGAGUAAAAUAUCACCGGUGUUUACAAGCGGCAAGAUCAAGCAAAUGUAUCCGCUGAUGGUGGAAAUUGGCAAAGAUCUGGAACAGAUCUUGGCGAGUUUGCCUGUUGACUCUAUAGUAUGCAUCAAGGAUAUUUGCUCCCGAUUUACCACUGACUUAAUAGCGACUAUUGCUUUUGGGAUCAAAGCCAAUGCUCUGAAGGACACAAAUAGCGAGUUCUUCAAAGUGAAUACAGAGUUCUUUAAUUUCGACUUGUCGCGAGUUUUGGACAGUUUCAUAAUUUUCUUGUUUCCCACAUUGGCUUCUCUGGCACGAGUCAAAACAUUUUCGAAGCGAACAAGAGACUUCUUUAUGAAUACUAUUUCGUAUGUUCUUUCGGAGCGUGAGAAAUCUGGAGUACAACGCAAUGAUCUAAUUGAUGUCCUAUUGGCUAUGAAACGCGAAGCAGCUGCUCACCCAGAAAAUGAUAAAAAUAAAACUGAGGAUUUGUCUUAUUUGGUGGCCCAUGCUGCUACCUUCCAGACAGCGGGCUUUGAGACAAGCUCUUCGACUAUGACGAUGACUCUUUUUGAAUUGGCACGCAAUACUGACAUACAAAAGCGUCUUCGCCGAGAGAUAAGUGAUUAUUUUGCAGACGAGGAUUUCAUUAGCUACGAAAGAAUCCAGGAAAUGCCUUACCUCACACAGGUGGUAAAUGAAACCCUGCGAAAAUAUCCUAUUGCAGGGUUUAGUGAACGAGAAUGUACCCAACCGGAGACGGGAGAAAAGUUUACUCUGAAGCCCUACUAUGAUCUGGAGGUGCCAAACGGUAUGCCCUUUUAUGUUUCCACUCUGGGAAUACAUCGGGAUGAAAAGUAUUGGCCAGACCCUAUGAAAUAUGAUCCAGAUCGUUUCGCCCCAGAAAACCGUGAUAAGAUCAACAUGGAUGCCUAUAUGCCUUUUGGUAUCGGUCCCCGCAACUGCAUUGGCAUGAGGCUUGGACUUUUGCAGGCUAAACUAGGUCUGGUUCACUUGUUGCGUAAUCAUAGUGUCGCCAAGUGUGGUAAAACCGUGGACUCCUUUAAUUAUGCAUCUAAUACUCCUGUUAUGAGUCCUGAUGUGGACAUCUAUUUGCAAUUGCAAAAGGAUUAAGACAGAUUAGACUGGUAGAAGAAGUCUACUUUAAUAAAUUUAACUAUAAGAAGCAUUCAAAGAUAUAUGUAUUUUU